GGGAGCGAGGGCAAUACCUCUGACUUCGAUUGGGAGGACACCUGCUGCGACCUGCGAGUGCGAGAAAUGCGGCACCGGCGAUUUUCCCUCAAAACUUCUGCUGUGCGACAAAUGUGAUUGGGGGAUAUCACUUGUCUCGCCUAAAACCCAUUAUCGUUUCUUUGCCCAAGGGGUUCUUGUUAUUGCCCUUCAUGUUCCAAGAUCAAAAAGCUACCCACAAUGGUGCUCCGGAGCAGAGCUAAACUUCAGAAAUCCUACACUCCUGUUACAUAUGAGAGCGACGGCGACAGCGACAGCGACAGCAAUAGCUCUGACUCCGAUCAGGACGACACCUGCUGCGAGAAAUGCGGCUCCGGCAACUUUCCGUCCAAGCUUCUGCUGUGUGACAAAUGUGAUAAGGGAUAUCACAUGUUUUGCCUGAGACCCAUUCUUGUGUCUGUGCCAAAGGGCUCUUGGUUUUGCCCUUCAUGCUCCAGGAUCAAGAAGCCUAAAUCUUUCCCUCUUGUUCAAACUAAAAUUAUUGAAUUUUUCCGGAUCCAAAGGACCAAAGAAUCAAUCAAGAAUCAAAGUGAAGAUACCCUAAAGAAACGAAGGCGGUCUAGUAGUAUAGGGAGGUUGAAAAAGAAAAGGAAACUGUUGGCGUAUAAUCCAACUGAGGAUCCUCAAAGGAGAUUGGAACAAAUGGCCUCACUGGCCACAGCUCUGAAGGCUUCUAGAACAAAAUUCAGUAAUGAGCUUACCUACAGGCCUGCCAUGGCCCCACGGUCAGCGAAUUGUGCGGCUCUAGAGAGGGGAGGAAUGCAGGUUCUGUCAAAAGAAGACACUGAAACCUUAAAUUUGUGCAAAAGGAUGAUGCAAAGAGGGGAAUGUCCUCCUUUGAUGGUUGUUUUUGAUUCCAAUGAAGGGUUCACUGUACAAGCAGAUAGAUUUAUUAGGGACUUAACAAUAAUUACUGAAUAUGUUGGAGAUGUUGAUUAUUUGAUGAAGCAUGAAUAUGAUGAUGGGGAUAGCAUGAUGACCCUGCUUUCUGCAGCAGACCCUUCAAAUAGCCUUGUCAUUUGUCCUGACAAGCGUAGCAAUAUUGCUCGUUUUAUCAGUGGCAUUAACAAUCACUCUCAGUAAGUUUGGCUCCAUCAUUAGACAAUAAACAUUCAGCAUAUACCUUUAUGCAUUGUUUAACACCUAGCAAUGUUUACAGAUUUAGGCAAUAGGCUCGUUCACAUGCAAACAACACAAUGGACUUGCAUAUGCUUGUUCAAAAUUGUUAGUGCUUUGAAUUUGCAAUUUAGCACUGUCUCUUGAUGCAGGGAUGGGAAAAGGAAGCAAAACCUAAAAUGUGUGAGGUAC